UAGGGACAGUAUCACGAUAUAAUCAAAUAUAGAGCUGUUGUUCACCAAAAUAUUCAUCAAUAUAUAAAAAUGCUUUAGUAUAUUCUAUUGCCCACUUAGUCUGUUCCAAUUUUUAAUUUGUUUGCUUUAAGGCAGCAUCUGAGGACCAAUUCAUUUUCACAGCAACCCAAAAGCUACAGCCCCUGGUCUAGGCAAGCCUAGCAGCAGGCGUGCACCCAGGCCUUGUCCAUGCAGAGGAAGAGUUUGUUUGAACCCGAACUCCACAUGGAGACCACUCAGGCUCAGAGGCAAUUGCAUAACCGCACACAGCACUCUUCUGAAGCGGCCUGUUCAUGAAGCCAGACAAUAAACAGAAGCCCUAUGAACUCCUGAGUUCUUCACACAGUCAUCUUCCUCUCUGAAGGCAUCUUAUGAAGACUGGCUCACAUCUCAUGGUCUGACUCUCUCUCCAUUUCAUAUGCGAUGGCAGACAACUCUUUUCAAUCGUCUGUUCUACAGCUGGGGACGAUGGAAACCUAAAUUUCUUUAUCUAUGGUUUAGCAUGGGGAUGUUUUUUGGCAUAGCAGCUAUGUUUGGUUCUGUUGUUCUCCUGGGGAAGACACUGAUGCACACACUUUCACAAAUGUGGUCUGAAGCUCCUACAGGGCAGAAUGAUCAGAUGUUGCAAGUGGUGGUGCCUGGGGUCAACCUUCCCAUCAGCCAGCUGUCCUAUUUCUUCACAGCAAUCCUCAUCAGUGCUGUCAUACAUGAAGUUGGCCAUGGGGUGGCAGCUAUUCGAGAGCAGGUUCGGUUCAAUGGCUUUGGAAUGUUUAUAUUUAUUGUUUAUCCGGGGGCAUUUGUCGAUCUGUUCACCACCCAUUUGCAACUAAUUUCUCCAGUCCAGCAGUUACGAAUAUUUUGUGCAGGAGUCUGGCAUAACUUUAUGCUUGGGCUUGUAAGCCUUGCGGUUCUCUUUUUGCUGCCAGCUAUUCUUUUUCCACUUUAUUACACUGGUGCAGGGGCACUUGUCAUUGAAGUUGCAGAGGAUUCUCCUGCUAAUGGGCCCAGAGGCCUCUUUGUUGGUGAUCUUGUUACCAGUUUGCAAGACUGUUCAGUUCAUAAUGUGGAAGAUUGGAAUUCCUGCCUGGGGAAGAUUUCUCUGAAGCCACAAACAGGCUAUUGCAUAAAAUCAUCAAUACUGCAACAGCUUAGCUUCCCAUCUAGAGGUUUUAGACGACUUGAUGGUACCGUUGAAUGCUGUAGCAAUAACAGCCUCACGGAUGUCUGCUUUUCAUACAGCAAUAAUCUGAACAGUCACCUGUAUGCCUGUCUGCCAGCACGAAAAACUAUUGAGGCAAGUCAACUUUGUCAUACUAAUAAGGACUGCCAGAAGAACUUUGUUUCAAGUCUGUGUGUGACACCUUCUUUGGAAAAUCAAACCAGACUUAUCCGGGUAAAUCAUCUGCCUCAGGUUGAUAUGCUAUUUGUUGGGCACCCACUACAUCUCCAAUAUACAGUGAGCCUCAGCAGUUUUGUACCACGACACAACUUCCUCAGUAUGGACCUGCCUGUUGUACUGGAAACAUUUUGCAAAUACCUUAUUUCACUUUCAGGAGCACUGGCUGUAAUUAAUGCAGUACCCUGCUUUGCUUUAGAUGGUCAAUGGAUAUUAAACUCUUUCCUAGAAGCUACUCUUAGCAAACUGGUUUUUGAAAAACAAAACAGGGAGCUUAUUGGCUUUUUAAUUUUGCUUGCUGGCAGCACACUUUUGGCUGCCAAUGUGGCUCUUGGACUCUGGGUUGUGACAGCACGAUAGCAUAUCAAGCAAUUGUAACAUCUGAUAAUUUAUUUUCUAGCAGGAAAAUGACUGUCCUGUGAGUUAUAAGUCAUUCAAAACUGAUUAUUGUAAGCUAAAAGGAUAUUUUUAAAUUUUUAAUGCCAUUGAAAAAGGAAGAUUAGGACUUGUGUUGUUUAGCUUUCCAGAUAUAAUUGUUAUUCAGCACUGACAACUUCUGUAGUGGAUGAUACUGUGAACUCAGUCUGUGGUGUACCUCAGCACUGUCCAACCAGUAGGCCAUACCAAGCCUACCUGUGAUAUCAAUAAAAAGCUCUAGUAUCUUUUGAGAAGUAUCUGGGAAAGACCAAAUAAAUAAAUGAUCAUGUUGUUAUAAACCUUUGUUGCACACUUCAUUUAGAAGAUAGCCACAUGUUCAAAUGACAUACUUGACAAACUUCCCAGUCAUUCUUGCCCCUUAAAUGAAACAUGAGACUUAGUAAAAUCUCAUAAUGUACCAUGUAUUUCCUCUUGGUGAUUGAGAGGAUUUUUGAAUUUUGCUGCUUAUUCAAAGUUGAAAUUCAGACUUCAUGUAUAUGGUAGGAUUAUUACAAAUCUGAUCAAUUUGUCUUCAUUUGUAUAUCUUUAGUUUCCUCAUGUGUAAUGUAGGUAUUGCAUACAAUUCCAGUGUCCAUACUGUGUUUUUAUAUGUUCUUUCUUACUAAAUGACUAAGGUUGGAUGUUGUUUCCUAUAGCAUGACAUUGAGGUGCCCUUUGAGCGUUUCCCCAGCUACGUGCAAGCCAAAGAAUCGCUUCCAUAUAUGGUUGGGAGAACUUUUAAACAGCCCUUUCUUCAUAACUGCACGCCUUUUCAGAGACUUAAAGAGAAAUGCUCCACUCCCAUACAGAGCCUUUCAUUUCACAAAAAGCGUGUAUGCAGACAGCCAUUUUCUCUAGCUUGCAUAAGAAAUAUUCUUUCCCCCAGACGAGAAUAGGUAACUCCCUGCUAAGAAGCUCUGGACUGUAUCCAAAAUGCAAUUGGUUACUUCUUGUCUCUGCUUGAAAUGAAUUGAUAAGUUGACUACUCAAAAUAUUUUCAAAGAUGCAUGCUUGCUUCACACAGAUCAUAAUCAAUCAUCAUCUGCCUAAAGCAAACAAUUACAGCCUGAGAAAUGUAACUGAUAUGCUUUAAUAUGUCUUCAUUAUUAGAUACCUCCUUAAAUGGGUCAUGGUGUAGAAGCAGGUGAAUUUAAAUCUAAAGAAAAUAUGUUCCAUCGUAAAUUGAAAAGUACAUGUAAAAUGUAUUGUGAAAAUCUGUAUCAGAUGGGAAAGUGUUUGGUAUUCAGAGGUUUGUACAUAAUUUUGGCUGAAAUUUCUAAGCACAUUUUUAUUCAGCUCAGUUGGGAUAGACAUGUUUAGGAUUAUGCUGCACAAAUAAUACCUAACCGGAUCCUUAAUGACAAAUUCUAUCUAUUAAGUAUUCAAAUAAAUAUUCAGGUUUAGUUAUAUACAAUGAUGUGACUGCGACAAAUUCAAAAAUAAAACAUUAAUAUAAUAAAAUUAUUUCCUGCCUUAGUUUACAAAAUGUUUUAUUCAAUCAGAAAUAGUUCUCUACUGACUUUGUGUAAAUGUUACUUAUCUAAGGGCUUUAAUGUUAGUUUUAUUGCUGGACAAAUGAUCCAGUAGUGUCAAACUAUGGUACUUGGGAAGUCUAGUCAUAGUAAUUACCAAGGAUAUAAUUGAGCACAAUGGUAUAACUAAUUUUAGAAAUUAUUUAUUUUUAAGUUCUGUUAGGACAAUCAAUUUACCAGCUUGGUCACAUUAAUAAAUUCAUCAACUUGUAAUAUGAACACAAUGGUGCUGUAAUUAUGUCAAAUAAUGCCAAAAAAUCAUUUACCCUGAGCUGUGUCUUUAAUUGCCUGUACUUCCAGUAUCUUCAGUGAUCCAGAAGGAACUUCUUGGUAAUGGCACAAUGUGGUCCUGUGAACUCCCAAAUUUGAUAUAUUGAUAUCAGCCUAAAAAGGGGUGAUCAGAAGUCACCUGGCUCUCCCAUUCAAGAAAUGUUCUGCUUCCUUGUUCUAACCAGACAUGUAUGCAAUGAGUAUGCAGUCAACAUUGGGAAGUGGCAGUGCAGAUGUGCUUUAGAAUAACCGCAGAUCCCAGUAAGCACAGGAAGUGAAUUUAGAGUGGCUCUCCUUGGGAAUGAAGUGUUAGUUCUUAUUACAUCAUCAAACACUAAUAUAUAGAAAGAAUACUAAUAUAGGAAACCCGAUUGGAUGUGCUAUUAUACAAUAAUAGUUGGAAGUACAAAACUUUUGGACUCUACUUCUCAACACAGCAGAAAACUCAAGAACUACACAGCAGAAAGGUGUAGUUCUUGAGUGGCUGCAGCAAUAUUGGUUUUGGGGCAGUGUUUGCUAGGAACCCUGGCUUGUGAUAUCAAUCCAUACUAGUGAGUAGCACGAAACCUGGAAUUUAUGGAACAAACUAACAAAAUGCUGAACAAUACCAAAUGUCACAGUUCAUUGCUAUUGAACUGCACAAUGUACAAAAGAAAUACAUGUGCAAGUCCUGUUGGUAUGAAUGAACGGUUGACUGUGAAAUUUGACUACACAUUGCUUGUUGCGAAAAAAUAAUAUUGGAAUCAGAAAGAUAGUGAUGAUAGCCAGAAAAGAUAUAUGGGUAUUCUUCAUACUGCUGUGACUUCUGGCCUGCUGGUUUAAUCGUUUUUCUCUCAAUACUAAGGAAAAAGACACUAGUGAUUGACCCUGGAUUCCAAUUUUAUUUUUAGCAUCUUAGGCUGCAAUUCCAUACCCAUUUACCUAAGAGUAAACCACACUGAACUGAAUGGCAUUAUUUCAAAGUAGAUAUAUGUAGAAUUGUGAUGUAAAUUGAACACUGGGAUGUUAUAGAGACAUACAUGGUGCCUUCAUAGCACAAUUAAUUUACUCUAUAUAAAUUCACGCAAAAUGCUUGUAUGAUUUGACGAGCUGAGCUCAGAUUACCGGUCAUCUGAUAUACAACAAUACACUCAGUAUUUAAUAGCAAAUCAUUCUACAGCAAGUCACUUCUAAUAGAACUUGUUCAUUAAUUUCAAAUUAAUUUUGAAAACCCUUGAAGUUUUUUUUUUAAGUGGGGUGUUUUCUAGGAGUCCUUCUCGAGCAAUAGCUAAAGUAUUAAAAAGUUUCAAGACACAUUAUAAUACUGAUGAAAAUUAAAGAUAUUCCAUUUUUGUAUGGAGUUUCUGCCUGGUUCUUGUUCAAAAUGAGAGGAUCAAAUAGUUAAAUGAGAGGAUUUACAAAGAAAAGAGAACUCUAAUAGUUCAAGAGAAAAUAAAAAAGGUUUUUAUUUUGUUGUGCCAUUUGUAAUGGAACUACUCUUUUGAAAAGCAAAGUCAACUUUAUCUCUUUGAUUCAUAGACAGUUUUGCAGACAAAGAACAUUUUGAAACUGUGUCUCUGACUUUUCUAAUAAACUCAGAUAUUUGACCUUGCAUCUCACAUAAAAGAAACUAUGUCUGCUGCUGAUAGAAUGUAAUUGUUCUCCUGGCCUGAAGCACUAACAACUAUCCAAAGAAGUUUCAAUAAUUAACUAGUUUCACUAAGCAGUUGAAAUACUUUGAAUAAUGCAAGAUUAAAAACUGCUUUUCAAGCUUUGGUACUGUCUGCUUCAAUAUGUAUUACUAAACUGAAGGAAUCCAAGAGGGAAACAUACUGCUAUAGAAUAAAUGUGAAAAGUUGAAACUGAAGUUAAAUUAUGCAUAAGUUCUAAGAAUGCCAUUUGUGAAAUCUAUCCACUUUGUACUGUUGUUUCGACAUGUUUACAGCACAGCCCUAUGUUUGUCUCAACUUCCCAUAAAAUUCUAUGAUUGAGACGGGGAUUGUACGCUCAAGUAUAAUCUGUAAGCACCCUGAAGGCAGGUUUUAACAGUGUGCUCAUGAUGGACAGUUGAUUCAAAUCAUAUCCAAUACCCAAGACAAAAUGUUACUUGAAUUAACAGAAAUAUCCCAAGGCCUCUUUAUUGCACUGAUAAAAUCUCAGAUUUCUUAAUUUAUUUCAAAGGUUUGCUGAGGGUUGAAAAAGUACUGCAUUGUCUGGUUAUGAGGGACAGCUGGCCUAGAUAGGACUAUGGCAUCUACAACUACCAGGCUACAAAAACCAGGCAUUACUAUUCCAUAGAAAGCUUGCACUUAUUAAUCAAAGUAAUUUAUCAGUGUUCAAUAUGUUUCUGCAUUUCUUCCCUUCCCCUUGAGAAAAGACUGUUCCAAGGGUGAGGAGAUGGGGAGUAGUUAAAAGAACAACUAAGGCAUCGGUUAGUUAGCAUCUGUUUCUGAGUUCAUCAGAAAGUGACUGACCAAUUAAAUGAGUAUUCUUACCCCUUUUUGUAUUACAAUCUUGCUAGAGGCAAUUUUUGCACUGCUCUUAUGGAGAAGGAUGAGGUAGUGGUGAAGGCAUACAUAUCGGUAUCUCCACAAAGCAUUCAUAGAGUCUUAAACAUGAUUGGGUAGUGGUCUUUGGGAAGCAGCUAGCAUUUCAGGCCUCAUAAAUGGCUUUUGCCCAAAGUUUUGAGUAUGUAGCUUAGAAACUUAAAAUACUUGUUUGAAAAGAUACAGUUUUUGAAUAGUGGAUGUGUGUGUUUCUGCCAUCUGUGCUCUUUCUGAGCUGACAGUCCUUAUGUCCCCCUCACACACAGGUUCAAUUUAUAUCAACUGCUCCUAUGUGAAGGAACAAAGAAAGUGGGGAGCAAUACAAAGCCUUGUCCAGUCAAACUAUUUUCUGUGUGAACCAAAUGAUAUUUGGGAAGGACAGGGAAACAACAGGCAGGCAAAGAAGACAUCCGCUUUUUUUUACCUGGAAUGUCUACAUAUCACAUGGCCAAUUGACAGAAACUGAAUUCUUAAGUUUAUUUUGAUAAUGCCAUUAUUGCCGUUUUAUUAAUGGAGAAUGCUGGCUAGAUAAGCCUUUUGUCUGGUUCUCCCUGGCUCUUAUUGUAUUAUUGUAGAUUUGUGUCAUAUAGAUGGCAAGAUGGUAAUACUGAGCCAUUUUAUCACAUCAGCAAGCUGCUUCCUGUUGGUGACUUAUUAGGUACAUGUCCACACAGGCAGCAUUUUGACUCUUCCUGAUAAUUCUGUUAGAUUAGGGCAUAUUUUAGUGUGGUAAAUCUAAAAAUAUAAAUAAGCCUUUCCUGUGAUACAUGGAACUUCCCACCCAAAGAAUCUUAGAUAAUCAUCUUUACUAUUGUUCCUUGCCAACUUUUUUUCAGAAAGCUUUUAAUUCUGUUGCUAUUAAGUAUUUGUUGUCUUCCUACAUGUUGUUAUAUUGCUUGUAGUUAUUUUAUAAUGCAUUUUGUGAUUUUAAUGAAGUGGAAUAUUGUUUCUUGGAUUGUUUGCCUUUGUCACACCUGUGUAAGGUAAAGUAUGAUGUUUUUAAAUAAAGAAUACUUUUUCUAACA